UCGACAGUCGUAGCGAGAGGUUGUACUUUUAUCGUCGCCCAUCGGAAAAUAGUGAGCACAUUUUAUUUAUUUCUCUUUCGAUUUCUAUCAGAGGAUUUAUUCUAUUUGAAACUGUCACAUUUUUACGUGUGCCACGAGAGCCGAUAUAUCCAUUUAUUCGUAAUUUGUUACAGUGAUUUGUGAUUGAGUGUGUCGUCGUGUGCGUUUCGUUUUUUUCUUCUGUUAAUCCAGUGUGUGUUUUCGUGUGCCCGUUGAUUGAUUGGAUAACAUAUCGACAAAGAGUUUUUUUUUCUUUCGAUUCCAUCAUCUCUCGUGCUGCAAAAAUUGAUUGGAAUAUUAAUUUCUAUUUGUGAAACUGAGUUUUCCCGCCACCAAAGCCAGCCGCCAUUUUCGGCCCCACGUGACAUAAUUAACUGGUGUGUGUGUGCGCGCUCAUACGUCUCCCUUUUUUGUUAAUGGUGCCGAUGGAUAUCUGUGUCAAUGAACUGGCAGUGCUUCUAUCAUCGUAACCUUGGUGCGAGGGCUCUCCGCUGUAGAUCCUGACGUGUGUUACAAUUCUUGAAAAUUGUAAACGAUUUGUUUCGCUGUUAACGUAUCAGAGAUCAACAACUGGAACACAAACAACGUUGUCUUUUCUCGAAAGAAAAACCAAAUAAACUGUGAAAUAAAGUGAAAUUAUUAACACCACAAGAAUGUCACCCGAAAUGGUCAUCUACUUCUUAUUGCUGCUGAUUGAACUGAUCUGCCAGACGGCCGCGUCCGCUAACCGGCUUAGCGACAUUUACUGGAAUUCCACCAACCCAAUGUAAGUUAACCUCUGGCCACACACAUCUGAAUUGUAUCAUCGCUGUAUAUGUAUAUAUACGUUUCACGGUAACACAGACUAUCAUACUUGUAUAACAUAUCUCUCUCUGGAAAACAAGUGGCAGACGAGAAAGUUUGAAUGAAUGAAAAAAAAGGAAAACGUGCUUUCCGGACGGCCUAGGUCUUGCAGUUCAUCCGCGGGCCGGAUAGAAUCAUUCAAAAAAGAACCGUUGGAGGACGUGACGUUUUCUCACAAGUCUGCGGGUUUCCAUCUGUGCUCGUCUUUAUUGUUACACGGAGCUGCGUAUUAUUUUCAUUUCCACACAACAACUGAGCAGUUUAACGGGGCAUUAUAAGCAUUUCAAUUCGAUCCAUCGUGCGUGUACGCAAUGCUGGGCCUUUUUUUCGUGUGGUUCAUCAACUAUAUCAUUAGCUGAUGGCGGUAAUUGCUGGACAUGAGUGAUCGUCUCUCCCUUUUCUUCUUUUCUUCCAACCCUCUGAAAAGUCGAGAGAGUUCAAAACUCUUUAGGAAUUUUUGGUUUUCGGUUCUUGUUUCCCAUUUUUGCUCUCACUCUCGUCAUACAACGACGACCUUCUUUUUUAGUUCUUUUUCUUACCAGUCAAACUUUUUUUUGUUUUUCUUCAACAUUCGGAUUUUUCUCUCGUGUGUGAGAAAGAAAAAGAAGAGGCCGAAUGAAAAGUUCUUCCCCCUUUGGAAAAACAAAAAAAUCCCUGCAGACAUUCACAGUUUCCAGGCAGUCGAUCCGUCAGAAGAGAAAAGGAAAACAUCUGACCCGCAACGUCUUGUUAAUAACACAGGACUCAACAGGCUUAACUUUGGCAAUUGAUAGAUUACAGUGGUGUUUCACCAUUGCGCCCUUUUUUUGUGGUGCGCACAGGUACACACACACACACCAUCUGAUGGCUACUAAUUGGCUGGUUGCGACCUGAUGGUGUAUAACCACAGAUAGAGGGCUAUACAUAACCGCUUUUCAGAUUCUUCUUUCGUUGUUCAUCAUCGUUCCUUUUUUUUUGGUUUUUUUCUGGUGACGAGAGUAAAAGUUUGAGAAAUCUUUCACACACACAGACACACAAAAACGUGCAAGCGUGUGAAUGGAAAGGAAACACGGUUAUUUGAAUUCCUCGGAUAGCGCCAUCGUGCCAACACACUCUAUAUAUACCCGACAGAGACAUAACAAAAAUCAUCGAGAAUUGAAAUAUUUUUUUACAACUAGCCACGAAUCUAAAGCGCUUAAUGCAUAAAUGUAUUUUUUUAUUUUAACCUUUAAGGCUACAAAAAAAAAAAAAAAUUGCUUUUUGAAGAAAAAAUAAGGGGGGGGGGCACGUAUGCACAAGGCGUCAAGUUACACACUGUGGCGUCAAGUUGUAAAUGGGCAAAGAAACGGGAGAGAAAGAGUGUUAUAUUUUCUACUCCGGGAGACACACACACACACACACAGAGUUAGGAAUAAGAAGAAAAAAAAAGUGUAUAUAGACGUGAAAGACACGCACGGUUCCCACGGCAAGCCCUUUUUAUUUUCUGGGCCUCUCUCUCAUCGUUUUGGUUUUUAUAUGAUACACAUGUAAUUCCUCCCCCAUAUAACUAGAUUGCAACAAGUUAUAUAUAUUAUAACGUAUCUCUCCGGCUGGUGUGUGUUGUUUUUCGAGAGGGGGGCAAGGUGAUGGGAUAGUAUCAUAAAAAGAAAGCCCCUCACAAAUACAAAAAAAAUGAAGAAAACUUUUUGAUUUUUGGUAAGUUGAAAGAAGAAAGAGAGGGGGGAGGGAAUGUUUCUAACAUACCUGUUGAAUUGACUCUAAGAGCAAAAAAAAAAAAAAGGGAAGGGAAAAGAAGAGGCAGAUGAACUUGAGGAAUUCAUCUACUGCAAGAAGUGCUGCGGGCCGUUCUUUUUUGAAUGGCCCCCCCUUCAACAACACACACACACACACACACACAAAAGAGAUCUGUACCUUUUCCUUAUAUUCGACUAUAUGGUCCUACUUUUUUGGGAUAUUGCCACGUCUAUUAAAUAUAUACCCUGUGCAUAAGGAAGAGGGGGGGAGGGAAGAAAUGGAGAGCGCUGGUGUUCCAGGUGAAGUGUAGGUGGUUAUAGGCCUAUACAUAUCCAAGCAAAAAAAAAAAAAAAGAACAACGUAGAUCGUCUUGCUCGUUGAAACCCCCCGCAUAGUUUUUUUUCCAAGUUCUAAUGGAGGUAUAUUUCUACUUACUUUUUUUUAAACCUCCCUUUACUCUUCUAAUAUUUUUGUGGUUCACCGUUUAUGGACAGCUGAUCGACCGUGUUCAAACUCUUUUGAGGGGGGGCUACUUCAAAAACAAAAGAACCCUUUUCUUUUUCGUGGAAAUUGUUUUUAUUCAUUUCCUUUUGAACUAGUAAAACCUUAUCCCGUUAUAGUGUUGCACAGAUUAUAGUCACCUGUGCAAAGGGUGGGGGGCGAGAGUAAGUAAGGAGACAUUAAGAAACAAAUAGGCCUAUUGUUUCACCUGUUGGGUAAUAUUUGGGUUUGACUUUGACGCUAUGUGCCUAUGCCGAAUGAAUGAGAAUCAUUUGAGCUUUUUUAAGUUUUUUUUGUUUCUCCCAACCUAACAGAAAAAAAAAAAAGACGGGGGACUUUUUGGGGGGGGGAAGAGAGAGAAUCGGCCCCGACAGGAAGUGGUUGUUUUUUUUGUUGAAGUCAAGGAAUUUAAUUUUUCUUGUUUUAAUUUUCAACCCAAUUUUUUAAUUUUUCUUCCUCUUGCCUUUUUUCAUAUUUCCUUCUUUUGAAAUGUUCCGCUAGAGUUGAUUACCACAAUACUUUGUGUGUGAUCAACUCUUGUUUUGUUUUUUUAUCGUCACCAAAUUAGACACUUAUGUCUAAUCAUCACCGGGAGAUCUGCGUGUGUGGAAACCCGGUGGUAUUAUUUUAUUUCCCUCUCAUUUGAAUCAGUUUGGUUUGAAAUGAAAAAAAAAAAAAAAAAAUCGAGGUCUCAUUAGCACCUUUUCCCUCUGUAGACUGAAGUAAAAAAGGACGUGUCAAUGAAUAGAAGGUGAUACCCAUAACGAGGCACAUGCAGUCGACGUUAUUGGUUCAAAUGGCGAAAAACCGUUUUUGUAACACACGAAUUCUUUUAUCGACACAUGUCUCGUUACUUUCGGAUGCUAAUUAAAUCACGUGCAGUCACCGAGGAAGGUCACCCACGUGCAAUUACAGUUCAUUUGUCUCUUUUUUCUUUCUUCGCACGGAUGGAAAGGGAAAAAAAAAAAGAUAUUUGGGAGAAGGGACGAGAAAAAAAAAAGAAAAAUGCGAAAUGAAAAAAAAUUGGGGGAGGGAGAGAAGAAGAGAAAAGAGACAUUUUUGACACAAAAGACACACGAAAUCAAAAGGAAAUUGUCCAAGCAGGCACAGGUAGACACACAUCGACAUAAAAUAAUGGACAGAAAAGAAAGAAAAGAAAAAGGGAAAAGGUAAAGGGAAGGAAAAAAAGCAAGAUGGCGGUUUUUGAUAUUUAUAGAAAAUUAGAAAAAAAUGUAGUUCCGCUUUUUCUUGGGGGCAUUCUUUUUUGAGCCCUAGAUCGGGCAGCUAAAAAAAAAAAAAAAAGUGACAUCAAAAUCUACUCGAUUGGAACUCUUCUUUCCUCCCAAAAAGAAAAAGAAAAAGCGGCGGUUAAUUUUUACGAUGCCGUCCAGUUGUUGUCGCGAAGCCCCACCACCAUGUUGUUGUAUAACCAAAAAAAUAAAAUAAAAUAAAAUAAAAAGCAUCUUCUGGAGCUAAAGAAUGUUGUGUGUGCGCGUCAAGAGAGGCAUCCCCGGAGGCGGAUAGAAGAAGAGGAAGGCAAAGAAAAGAAUCCCGCAUAGUUUUGCUUAUUCGAUGAGCAAGAAAUCAAUGUGCCUCGGGGUUUGUUUUACCAGCCAAAUGGCUCCUCCCCCUUUUUACAUUCGUCUGCUUCUCCAAAGGAGACGUGGUACACACGCAGACCCCAAGAAGAGGAGGAGAGUGGUGGGAUGGUAGAAGAGGAGAAGAAGAAGAGGGGAAUGGUAAGGAAAAAAAAAAAAAAGAAAAUGGAAGACAGGGAGGGUUAGAGCAAAGGCUAAAAAGGCGCUGGUGUAGAUACACAGACAAGCACAAGGGUAUGCUUGGCCUGGCCUGUGGACUAUAGUGGCCAAACGCUGCCGAAGGGCUAGAGCUCACACAGUCGUGAGAUGUGCAAGGGUGCGGACGUGUUUUUCAUUCGCUCCUCACAUUCCCUGGUUUUUUUUUUUUCUCAAAGUUGAAACGCGGACACUUAAGUUUGAAGUGCUAUCUCCUCGUUUUCCAGGAUUCUGUGUUUUCAACAUAUCGACGGCAGUGUUUACUUUUCGAUUGAUUUCAGUGUUAAAAGUGUGUCGUUUCCAUUUUGUCCCUCCCCACGUGCGAUGAAGAAAAGAGUCAUCCAGACUUGAAAAUAAUAUCGGAUUUACAAAAAUUUUUUUUUCUCUCUCUCCAAUUGGCGCUGUUAAACGACGUUUUACACAACUUUGGAGAAGGAAUUUCGUUGUUUUGAAGGACACGUUUAUCUUUGUUCUGACUCGAAGCAAAACCAAAGUCCACACAUCAUUUUCUUUUUGUCUUGGUCCCCCCCACCAAAAAAAAAAAAAAGAACGAAACGAAGAUUUCAGAGCCCAACAGUUUAUCAAUUUAUGGUCAUGGCCUUUUUUACCUGACGUUCGGAUUGGGUCACUUCAUCUCUGAAAAUUGUUCAUUUUCAGCUCAAAACAAAAAAAAUUUUGUUGUUGCUCAAAUUCCCUCCCUCCCUUACGAAAAGCUCAAAACAAAAAUCUUUGCAUCGAAAUUUUUCAAAGUGUCUUUUUGUCGAAAGAAAUCCAUCAAAAGUGUGUUAGUUGUCCAAAGUUGCCUUCCCCCCCACCCCUCGUUUCCUCGGCAAAAUUCAAGAUGGUGCGGCAUCAUCGGUUAGCUGCGUCCAAGCGGAUCGCAGACGAUUCUUCUUCGUCCUCAAUCACCAACGCCACCUCCACAUCGUCGCUGAUGUGGAGGAGACGUUGCGGCUGCUAUUGCGGCAGCGUCCGGUGGCCAACUUGGCCUCCCAUGCUCCUUUUGCUACUCCUCGUUUCGGUUGAAACGCUUUCCCUGGCCACCGUCACCACAGCCACACGCAUGCAUUAUAUCCAUUGGAAUACCACCAACCCCAUAUUCCGGAUAGACAAUACGGAUCACAUCAUAGACGUGAACAAGAACAACAUUCCGUUCGAAUACGAUCAGGUGAACAUCAUAUGUCCGGUUUACACGCCGGGCACUCACGAGGACGACGCGGAAAAGUACAUCAUUUACAACGUGUCGAAGGAGGAGUACGACACGUGCCGCAUCACCAAUCCCAACCCGCGGAUCAUUGCCGUCUGCGACAAGCCUUACAAGCUCAUGUACUUUACCAUCACCUUCCGUUCGUUCACGCCUCAGCCCGGAGGGCUUGAAUUCCGACCCGGACAGGAUUACUAUUUCAUUUCGACGUCCUCGAAAGACGAUUUACACCGACGCAUCGGUGGACGGUGCUCGUCGCAUAACAUGAAGGUGGUCUUUAAAGUGUGCUGCAAAGCUGAGGAUCUGGACAAAGCAGGAACAACCGCAGGACGGCCGGCUUUGUCCAGCACGACGACGUCGACGACCAUGUCCACGAUUUCAACGAGCGUGGCCGUGAUGAACAGUACGACCACACAGGCGCCGGUGGUGCCAACUCGCAUCAUCACCACUCAGCUGUUGCUACCGUCUGUCACGUCACCUCGAAUGCCGCCCCACUGGAAAGACGUUGAAAUUCAGAGUUUCAGCGUGCGCACCACCACCAAGAAAUCAGUAGAUGAUUUCGAUAAGUUGUCCAACGAAGUGGUGAAGAAUGAAGAAUUGACGUCGAAAUCUAGCGGCGCCAGACGGCAAGUUGUCCACAAUCCCGUGUCUGCUCUUAUUGCGGCCGGUCUCGUAAGCCUGAUCCUCUUCAGGGUUCGAUGAAAAGAAUAAUAACAAACAUAACGAAAAAAACAAACAAACAAAAAAACCCUAACCAACAAGACAACAACAAAAAAGAAGAAGAAAGAAAGAAAGAAAGAAAGAAACAAGUCUAUCCUGCUGCUCUCUCUCGUCAUCGUCACGCUCGCUUGCUCGCUUUUUCCCGACUUUUGCUGUCACAUCGAAACGUUAGCCGCGUCCUUGUUUCGUACACACAACACCGCGAGGCACAUCAUCCUCGCCAGCGAAAAACAUCCAACUCGACAUUAAAAGGAACAGAAAACAAUGGAGGGGAAGAAAUGUGACCAAAAAUAGACAACAACAAACAGAAAUUGGAGACAAAAUAAAAAAAAAUUAGGAGAACAAAAUCAAACGAGAAACAUUUGACGAAAUCGUAACAGAAAGGAAAAAAACAAAACAAACGAGAGAUGAUACAGAAAAGAAGGUUGAACGGGACCAUUUCGUGACAUAAUUCUCCCUUUUAUUUUUGUGUACGUCAGUUUGUUUUAACUGUUGACACACCGUAACACAGUCCAACCAAACAAAAGAAAACGAGGUGGAAUCUCCUUUCGGGAUGGAAAACUCCCAAAAAAGGGGUUUUUUAAAGAAAAACAACAAAAAUUCCUUAUUUCUACCAAAAUAUGUGUGUGUGUAUGUGUGUGUGUGUGUGAGAGACAAAAAUGGGGUGCGUACCACCUUCCUCCUUUUGAAAAUGUUGUACAAGAUUUCUUCUUCUUUCAUUUUGCCUCGACGACUGGCACGUCCGUGUGUGUCUGCACGCUAGGAGAAACAAAACAAAAAAGAAUAGGAAAAUCCCUCCCGAUUUUUCUUUUGUGUUGUCUUUCUGCUAACACAGAAGAGUGACUCGAAAGCUUAAAAAAAGAGAAAGAGUUGACCAAAAGAGAGACAAGCCAAAAAAAUGUGUAACAAGGAAAGCCUCUCUCUGAUUGUCUAUCACAUACAUGCCUCCACUCUUUCAUCCUUUGCUUAUUUUAUUUUUUUGUUGUCUGCGUGAAAGAAAAAAUAUUUUGGCGACUUGUCCGUGACGUUGUUGAAUGACAUUUACGAAUGCGUUUUUUGCUCCGAGAGAGAAAGAGAGAACGUGACGUAACACAAGAGAGAGAGAAUCCUCCCCUUUCGUCCCAAGUGCCAUAUACUGCCCCCCACUAUUUCUCUCUCUCUCUCUCUCUCUCUUUACUCCCCCACAUCAAUAUGUAAUGUAAUAUAAAUCAAAGCAAAGAAGAAGAAGAAGAAGAAAACCACAAAAAAAAAGAGAUCCCGUUCAUCGUUAGCAGUUUGUGUCGUUGUGUAAAAUCGUGAUCACUCCUCUCUCUCCACUAUUUUAUAGAUCAUCCAAAGUGUGUCUUAUUUCAUUUUGUGAGAUCUCUCUCUCUCUCUCUCUAUCUAUCUCUGUAUCUGUGGAUAUAUGCUCUAUAUUUUAAGAUAUAUUUUUUUUUUCUUUCAAUCUCAUUCAUCCCUUCCCCUGCACGGCAUCAACAACAUUGCCUUCUUGUCCGCUUGCGUGAUGACAGUCGAAUGGCGUCCUAUAAAUACGCCCUUUUUGUUUUUCUGUUUUCUCUUCUUUUUUUUCCUUUUUUUUCUUUCAUGUCCCCCUCGCUCUGUGUGUGUCACACUAUUGGAAUCAUCAUUUUUCAAGUUUGUCCAACACUCCAGACCAUUCCCUCCUACUCGUUUUCUUGUUAUUCUAUUUUUCUCUCUCUCUCUCUCCCCUACCUGUCUCGCAUCUCUCUUAUAUGGAAUACGAAGAAUCCGUACCCAAAGAGAAAUGUGGAGGAACACGAGAGUUUUCUUCUCCUCUCAGAUCAAGUCCGCCUCUUCUUUGAUUUCUUUUUUUUUUUUUUUUUUUAAGAAAAGAGGGGAGGGGGAACACGAUGGUGGAAAAGAUACGCAAAGUGCCAACAGCGCACGAAGCGUACGGUGGAACCAGUUUUGUGUUCCAUCGACUCUACGUUGCCUUCUCAUUUCUUUAUUUUUUCUUCCCCCCCGAUAUCAUCCCCCCCGAAAAAAAGUCAAAACCAUUUCUCUCUAUCUAUAUGUAUGCUCUCCGCUACACCCCUACACACGCAGACACACACAGCGGGACUGAAAAAAAAAAAAAAGAUAUUAUUGAUUUGUUUUUCCAAAUUUGACCGACAUUUUUUUUUUUUUUCUUUCUUAUAGCUCAGUUUCUUUUUGAUGACUGCUCCCCCUAUUUUUUUUUUGUUCUUCUCUCCCUUAUUCAGGAGUGGCUUGUUCAUAGUGUACAGUUUUUGUUUGUUUUUUUUAUGUUCAAUUCAACAUAUAAGUACUCAAAAACGUUUGAUAAUCUUUACAUCUUUUUUUCUUGUGCUAGAGACGAGAGAGAGAGAGAGAGAGUGAAAGUCUUUAAAAAAGAGUAAUUGAACAAGACAUAAAUGUUAAAUUUAACACACGCCGUAAAAACAUACCGACAUGAAAAACAUGGCUUACAUAUAAGAUAUUGUCUUUUCGUAUGUAAAUAAAUGUACCAUAGCUCGCUGUACAAUCACAUAUAAAGUUAAAAAAAAAAACAAACAAAAACAUAAAAGAAGCAAAAAUUGAGAAAACUAUUUGCGCGGGGGGAUUUAAAAAUCUAAACUAAAAAAAAAAUUAAUAAAAAACACAAAAAAAAAAACCCAACAAACAAAUAUCCGUUUUGUUUUGAUAUCAAAGUCUCGACUCGGAAAAAAUGUGGCGGUGAUGCGUCUCGUGUGUUGUCUAUUAGCCGGUUUUCUCUCAUCGCUAUUUUUUUAAUUCCUGCCUCCCCUUUUAUUAUGACGCUAGAGGGGAGGAGGAAUUGAGUGAGGGAUGACGUUCAGUCGACUAUAAAAUUAGACGUUUUUCUGUUGGUGUACAUCCGUGUCAAGAUAUUUAUUUUGAUUUCAAUAAUGAAUUUAAAAAAAAAAAAAACACAAUUUUUGGUUCGUCCCUUCCGAUUAAGAGAAAAAUUUUUUGUUGUUUGCGUGCGUGCGUGCGUGUGUGUGUGUGUGUGUUACUAGCCCAAUUUUUCUUGUCCUUGCGCAUUACACAUUUCCCUUGUAAUCCACUCCGAAAAUUAAACACACAACCUCCUCCUCCUCCCCCCCGUAUCUUGUCCUUUUUGGGUGUUUGUUCUACUCCCCCAAAUCCUCAAAAGUUUUUUUAUUUUUUAUUUUUCGCUAUCUCGUGUACUGUACAACUGUAUACUCCCUCCCGUUUAGAAUAUCAAAAUCGACCACUGCAAAAACAAAACAAAAACAAAAUUCAAUCGAUAUAACAUGUGUAACUAGGAGCAACGGACUUUCUUGAUCCGGAGCGUCCCCUUACUGUAUUUCUUUUUUUUUUUGACAAAUCCCGAUCUGUUUUUCUCCUCUUUCAACAUUUUUUUUUUUGUUGUAAUUUUCCCCACCCAAUUCUUUUGAAUGUUGAACGGGUUAUUUCCCUGCCAACUGAUCCCCGGCGUCUGUGCUCUUCGUUGAUUUCUCCCCGAUUCUUUUCGAUCAGAAAUUGUGUGCCGUUGACUGAAAUUUGGGCAAAAAGUGCUUUCGAUCAUAAAUUAUACAGAUAAAACAAUGA